AUGACGGGCCGUCCCCUACCACCUGUCCCCGCUUCCCCGCCGUCAAGCCCCGACGAACAAGACAGCAGCGCUCCACAACCAACCAUGGCAGCGGUGGCGGCGCCUGUGCCGGUCGCUGGUCCGACCGACGAGCGUGUCGCCACUCCGCCUCCCCCCUCCUUUGAUCCACCUCCUCCGCCCCUGCCCCCACUUCUCCUUCGGAGACCUUCCUGUGAGGUCCUCCAGCCUCCUGUCACUCAAACCCAACCCGCCCCUGAAGCUCCGCCUCUUGUCGCUCAAACCCGAUGUACUGCGCCCGAUGUCCCGUCCCCACCCCAGCAGCAGCAGCAGCAGCAGCACCAGGCCUCGCCUCCCCCUAUAUUUGCCCCGGCUCACAUCUCGGCCCUCACCGUCACCGUCGUCGCAGCCAGCGUCUUCUGCCUAGCCUUGCAAAUUGUGGCACUCUGGCGACGUAGCAGUUAG